GACCGGCGCAGGGGCUGUGGAGGAGGUCGGACCGGUGCGAUGAUGACGGGGAAAUCAGUGAAAGACGUUGACAGAUACCAGACUGUCCUCACCUCGCUGCUGGCGCGGGAGGAGAAUAAAUUCUGCGCCGACUGCGACUCCAAAGGUCCAAGAUGGGCGUCCUGGAAUUUGGGCAUUUUUAUCUGCAUCCGCUGUGCCGGUAUCCAUCGAAAUCUGGGUGUUCACAUCUCCAAGGUCAAGUCCGUCAACCUGGAUCAAUGGACGCAGGAGCAGGUCCAGUGUGUUCAGGAGAUGGGAAAUGCGAAGGCCAAACGUCUCUAUGAGGCUUUCUUACCUGAGUGCUUCCAGCGCCCUGAGACAGACCAGUCUGCAGAGAUCUUCAUCAGGGACAAGUAUGAUAAGAAGAAGUACAUGGAUAAGGUCAUUGACAUCCAGAUGCUCAGAAAAGAAAAAAGCUGCGACAAUAUACCCAAGGAACCGGUCGUGUUUGAGAAGAUGAAAUUGAAAAAAGACAUCAGCCCGAAGACAGUUUGCCAGUCUGUUACAGACCUGCUUGGACUAGAUGCCCCUGCACCAAGUCCUGCAGUGUCUAAUGGUGGAGGAUGUGUUCCAGACAGUAACACAACACAGAGCCCAGCGGUGUCUAAUCCACCUCUGGCACACUCUGCCCUGGAUCUCUUUAGCUCUCUGCCAACACCCUCCUCUGUUUCCUCCACUAAAACAACGCCUGUUUCCAGUUCUAUGCCUCAGAGCAGAGUGACUGCCUCUGUGCCUGAAAACCUCAGUCUGUUCCUGGAUCCAGCUCCCAGAGCAGAGGAGGGCACCGUCAAGAAGCUGUCCAAGGACUCUAUUCUCUCCCUGUAUGCUUCCACUCCCUCAGUGCACGCCAGCAGUAUGACUGCUCCUGCAGGCUUGUACAUGAACCAAAUGGGAUAUCCGACACACCCGUACGGUUCCUACCAUUCUUUAGCCCAGGCAGCUGGAAUGGGAGGUGCCAUGGUGACAUCACAAAUGGCGAUGAUGGGACAGCAACAGAGCAGCAUGAUGGGGGUUCAACAAAAUAGUAUGAUUGGAGUGCAACAGAAUGGCAUGAUGGGUGCCCAGGGUGUCAUGGCUCAGCCUAGCAGCAUUUUGACGUCACCCUACAUGACGGGGAUGACCCAGGGUAUGAUGGGACAGCAGCAGAGUGGGAUGAUGGGACAGCAACAAAAUGGGAUGAUGGGACAGCAACAAAAUGGGAUGAUGGGACAGCAACAAAAUGGGAUGAUGGGACAGCAACAGAAUGGCAUUAUGGGACAGCAGCAGAGUGGGAAGAUGGGACAGCAGCAGAGUGGGAUGAUGGGACAGCAGCAGGUUGGAGGGUUAACCACAUUACCACACCAGCAGGUGUACGGAGUGCAGCAAACCCAGCAGCUACAGUGGAACAUUGCCCAGAUGACUCAGCACAUGGCCGGCAUGAAUCUCUACAACACCAACGACAUGAUGGGAUACAGCAGCCAACACAUGGGAGGUACAACAACUCAGAGUUCAGUGCACAUGACAGCACACAUCUGGAAAUGAACAGAACUUGUACCAAUGACCAACAAAACAGAGGGGGAAAUGAGUAGUGGGAAUAUGUGGAUUAGACUCUCCAUAAGACAUUUUCUGAUGCAAGGGUGGAAGAAGAGGAGGAGAAACGUGUGAAGGAUGUUGGGGAAACCACUUCUACCUCUCUUUCUCUCUCCUCUCCGCCCAUGCUUACUCUCUUCUUGUCUCAUCAAUGGCCAUGUUUUGCAGAUUUCCAUGCUUGCCUUCAGAACAUUUUGGUAUGUCGACCAAGACAAUAGGGUUCAGUGAUCAGUGGUUAGGGCUACACAUAUUCUUUUGUAACUUUAGCCCGGAUGUCAGCGUGUUCACAUGCAUGUACACAUCUGCUGGAUGUGGGUGUCUAGCCUACCGUCUGCUCAACUUUAAAGAAAAGUUUGGUUUUUGGAGGAUGUCACGAAUUUUCUUUAUUAACUACAGUCCAAAAUACACACGGAUGUAUUUACUGUCUCUUAAUGUGUGUAGUUUAAGGGUAUGUCGAAAAAUUAGGUUAGCCUAGCUUAGCUUCACUGGUUGAUGUGCUCAAAUACUGAUAUUUAUUGGAACUAGUAGUAUUUUCUCUAAAAGGAGGGAAAUAUUUCCUGUUGCAAAAUUGAGGUAUUAAACAGGGUGAGUUUUACCAUAAGGGAUUGUUAUUAGGGCCCAGAUUUUGCACAGAUGUAGACAAAAGCUUUGUCCAGCUAUUUUCUUUAUUUCCAGCUGACCCAUUUUUAAAUGAGAACCUCAAAAGGGAUCUUAAAUGCAUUUGAUGGCUACAUAUGUGAUAUCAUUGCAAACGGUAUCAGACAAAAAGCCUUCAUCUAGGCAAUUUGAAAUUUUAUGUAGGCUAAGGAGAUAUCAGAACUUUCAUUCUAAGGUUACUGUUUGCGUAAUUAUUUUAUAUACAGUAGUUAAAUAAGCAAGAUGUUAAGAGGUUAAUUAGUGUUUUGUUAUUCAUAUUUUCAUACAGGGUCAUUUUGACAGUACUCAAGGAAAGAUUUUAGGAAAGACUUUGCGACGUGUUAUGUUAAGCAAUGCACGCUAUUUUUAAUAAUGCAUUUGGCUGGAGUCGCUAAAUGAAAGCUUCAGGUUAAGCUAACAGGUUUUAGCUGCAGCAAUAUUUGUAUUUACAGUUUUUUUUCAUUCAGCUCAAUCAUAUAGGUUUUUAUAAAAAGGAAUUUUAGUGGAGAUUCAUUUUCAAGUUAUAUUUCCCCUCUUCUGAGAAGAACAGCUAUUAUUUAGUCAAAUAUAAUAAUCUAGGAAGUAAGAUCGGUUAGGUAAUUAUUGGUUUGGCAAUGAUUGGCGAGGCAAUUCAGCUAGGCUAAUUACCCCAAUCAUCAUACCAUUAAACUGCACAAUUAAAAGAGACUUGCUCUGUGUUAAGUUAGUAACAACAUUUGUAAAAACCCAGAAAAAACAAUGCAUCCCUUAAGUGGUCCUCCCCAUCCAACAAUAGUAGAAUAUUAGAAAUCCCCUGAUACGUUGAUUUCCUAGAUUUCCACUGUCUCAGCUGCAGAAACCUACCUAAACAGCCCAAAGUAAUGAUGUCUGCUACUCAAUUUACAGACAGCUUCUUCUAGAAUCCAUAAAGGGGAUUUUGGUAGACCAAAGAUCAAUGCUUUAUUACUGUUGUACAGUGUUCUCAUAUGCUUUACUGUACAGCCACUUAACUAGUGAUUACUAGACAAAUCAAUUCAGCUGUUCUUUCAUAAAGUGUUGGGUUAUAACUGCAAUUCACUGUGCUUUUUCCUCGGAAGGGAUAAAAAAACUUAAAACAGUCACUUGCAUGCAAUUUUAUCAUGUGAGCGCUCACCAACCUCAAGUUAACAAUCUACCUUGUGCAAUAGAGGCCUCAAAUAAUGUUGAAUGUCGAAGAGAGGUCGGGAUGAGAAAAACUUAAAGGCACAGAUCAGUCGUGUUUCAGAUGCUUCCACUGAAUUGCAUGAGGAGAAUGUUUAUCUAGCUCUGAUUGUAUGUACCGUGUGUUUACAAUGAUGUCCGAAUGUGUCUCUGGAAUGUGUCCUCUCUGCUGUACAUGUCCAUCAGUGUGUGACCAAGAAAAUAUCGAUGAUUGUGUGUCCUGAAUGUACCUGACUAAUUCUGAAAAACAAACGUAUUUUUUAUUUUUCUGUGACUCUUGUCUGGCAACACACACUUGUGUCCUUUGAAUGUUCUGUGGUCAGCAGCGUCAACAAUCGUUCAGUUCAUCAGCGUUUCUCAAUAAAUGUCUUUAGGAGCAAACUGUGACCAAGGCAAACACAUUUUCAGGUCAUUCUGAUGUGUUUACAAUUUGGCCAAACCACAUUGAGAAGCGAAAAACAUUGUGCGAGAGAGGUGACAGAAAAAUGACUAACCCUCUCUCCCACACAAGUCCACACAAGCAUCUCUCAGAUCUGAAUGUUUUUAGAUACGUUCAUUCUUAUACUUGCAUGAAGCCAUUACUGUAAAUAUUAUCAGUCUUUCUGAAGCACUUUGUUGUUAAGUUGCCUCUUUUGAAGUGAGGGGUAAAAAAUGCAAAAGGCGCCACUAUAGGGGACAAACAAAUGAACGUAUUCUGGCAUAAUAGGAUUCUUGUAACUGCUGCCAACAGCAGUCCAGCCUGCACCACUCGGAAACUCUUCACAUUUUGCAGCUGCACUUUGGUGGCUGCAGAGACAACAGUGUGACGGCAGCUGUCACCUUUGCUGAGGCCAGGAUAUUACCGUAAGAGGAAAGUGUUGGCUCUGCUCUGCAUAAGCACAUUUGCAGGUUGGCGAUGACAGUGUUUCUGGAAAAAGGAGUGAAAAUCCAUCCUUGUGGGCGAUAAGGCUUCACCUGCAGCCGUCUCAUUUGUUUUAACUUUAGGUUGCUUGAAAUAGUUCCUUUUUUUUUUUGCUUGGUAUAUUUUCUGUCUAAUAAAAGCAAAUAAAGGAAUGUAUCUUUUUAUGUACAUGUCAAUCAAGAUAUUGUACUUUAUUCCUUAUUAUGUUAUGUUCUAUUAUGUUCUUAAAUAAGAUUGAUGAACAUGUACAGUAUAUAGUAUGUCUACAUUUUUUUCAUAGACUGCUCCUUUUGAUUUCAUG